CGGCCUGGCUGCAAGGGAUGACAUAGGCUGCACCUGCGCGCUCCCGUCUGCUGGCAGACAACUCCCUUGGACCCACAGCCCGGAGGGCGAGCGUGGGGCCGGUACAGCGGCGGGCCGCAGGCAGGGCCCGGGCUAUGGGGCUGGCGGGUUCCUGCUCGGCCUCUCCCUCGACCGCGACGUGUGGCCGGUGUGAGGGCACAGCGGGGUGACGAGAGCGAGACGUGGGUCGCUCCUGGGGCGGAGUGGGGGAGAAGGGGCCCCGGGCAGUUCCUCACUGGCGGCGGGGCGGCCCUGCCUGAGCGGAGGGCUUUGCGGACCCCAUGCCCUGGCAGUGGAGCGAGCACCGGCAGCCUAAAUCCGUCGGUGUCAAACGCAAAGGCAGCGGUUCUCCAGCUCCGCGCUACAGCAGGUUGGGAUGUUGGUCUCUAUCCUUUCCUGUCACAUGGCUGGUAAUAGGAUCCCUCAUCUGCCACUCGGCACCUCGCCGGGGCGCAGUUUCAGGACACAUGCUGUAGGGCCGCCGCUUCCCGCACUUCGCGUUCUUCCUGGCCGCCCGCGACCACCUCUGCCCCGGAGCAGGGGGGCUGCCUCCUGUGAGUGCGGUGCGGCCCGGCGGCCGCUGCCCAUGGAGCCCCCGGCUCUCGCCGCCGUCCUGGCCUUGUCAGGUCUGACGCUGAGCUGCUGCCGGGAGCCCGUUCUCUCCGAAUGUUAUACAGCAAAUGGGGCUGACUAUCGUGGCACUCAGAACCAGACCUCCCAAUAUGCAGGGAAACCUUGUCUUUUUUGGAAUGAAACCUUUGAGCAUCCUUAUAAUACUUUGAAAUAUCCCAAUGGGGAGGGAGGGCUUGGAGAGCAUAACUACUGCAGGAACCCUGAUGGAGAUGUGAGCCCAUGGUGCUACAUUGCAGAACAUGAGGAUGGAAUAUAUUGGAAAUACUGUGAAAUUCCAUCCUGCCGAAUGCCAGGGAAUCUAGGGUGUUACAAGGACCAUGGAGAGCCACCACCUUUGACUGGCACCAGCGAGACCUCCAAUAAACUUACUAUUCAAACAUGCAUCAGCUCCUGUCGAAGUCAACAAUUCAAGUUUGCAGGCAUGGAGUCAGGUUAUGCUUGUUUCUGUGGAAAUAAUCCUGACUACUGGAGAUACGGGGAGGCAGCCAGUACGGAAUGCAACAGUGUUUGCUUUGGAGACCAUACUCAGCCUUGCGGUGGGGAUGGCAGAGUCAUUCUUUUUGACACCCUUAUUGGUGCCUGUGGAGGGAAUUACACUUCUGCUACAGCUGUGAUCUAUUCCCCAGAUUUUCCUGACACAUACGGCACAGGCAAAGUCUGUUACUGGACCAUACAAGUUCCAGGAGCAUCCCAAAUCCACUUCAGCUUUGCCCUUUUUGAAAUCAAAGAUGCUACAGAUAUGGUGGAACUGCUGGAUGGCUAUACGUAUCAUGUUCUAGCUCGUUUUAAUGGCAAGAACCGGCCUCCCCAGACAUUUAACAUCUCUUUGGAUUUUGUCAUUUUGUACUUUUUCUCAGAUGAAAUUAAUCAAGCCCAGGGAUUUGCUAUCAGAUACAGAGCUGUGAAGGACAACGUGCAUCAAAACAAGAUUCUAGUGAAUCAGACCUUUUCAGAGAAGAUAAAUGAACAAGCAAAUCUCAGCAUCAGUGCAGCCCGGUCAUCAAAGAUACUUUAUGUCAUCACAACCAGCCCAAGUCAUCCCAGUAGCUCCAUGCCUGAGUGGACAAUAUAUAGUCUCACAGCAUUGCUCAUCCUAAGUAUUACAGCCAUAAUAGCAAAGAUAUUCCUCCACAUUACCAUGAGAUCCCAUCAGAUACCAUCUGCAACUGGAACAGAAGAUUCCAAUGAGGUUACCUCUGCUGGAGAGAUCUGGAGUAUAUUUUACCAGCCAUCCACAUCAAUAUCCAUCUUCAAGAAAAAGCUUCGAAGUCAACAAGAUGAUUGCAACCCACUGGUGGGAAACUGAAGUGUCUUAUGUUACAAGAAUCAACCUUCUUAAAAUCCAGGUGACCUGGGAAUAAUUUUUUUUCUUUCCUCUGAAUCUCAUACUUGUUUUCCAAAAAGUGCAUUUUCCAAAGGCUUUUGAGUGACUUUGCCUGUCUUCUGCUCUCUUGGGUACACUACAGGCAACAGGAGCAAUUAAUUGCAGCAGUAGUUUUGAACUAUCUGGUGUUCAUUGAAUCUGUGGUGCUGUUAAUUACUGCCUUGAGACCAGUGCACUUAAGAUCUAUGUAAAAACCUGUGAAACGCCCUGUACUCCUGCAAAAAGUAACUGAAGGAGUACCUGCAGGUUGAGGACUUCUUGUGUCCUGCUUUGCUGUGUAACUGUAUCGUGUCAGGUUACUUUAGUCCCUUUUAUCUCAUGGCUGAAGACUGAGAUAGGUACUGAUGACCUGUUGAGCUUCCACAGCAACCAGAAUUCACUAGCCUGGAUAUCAAUGUGUCUAACUGGUUCUAUACAGUAAAAUGGGAGUCGAAGACUUUGAGAUCAGCCUGGUUGCCCAGUGCUCUGCUGUUUCUAUGGUUUCUGUUUCUAGAAGCAGAGAUGUACAAAUAAAAUCAAAUUCAGGAGACAAACACACUGGAAUUUCAGCUGCAAAUGUGAGUUUUGAUGGAGAAAUGCUUACCACGUCAGGAUCUCAGAAUCUGCACAAGCAAUGGAGGCUUUUAAAUGACUAUGUUUGACCCAUCAUUCACUGAUGAUUAUGAUGAUUUUGUUCAUAUUCACAGUGAUCUUUUAAAACACUAUCAUACUCCAGACUGAAGUCCUGGAUGUAAGCCUGGGACUUCUUAAAGGAUUGUCCAAAGAAAUUGUAAAUCCACUGAAUUUUUAAACAGUGAGGCUGACUAAGACAAAUUCUUACUCUGAAGUUAAAGAUACUGAUCUUGGCAGCCUAAACUAUGUACAAAGUUGUAGCCUGCUAUCAACAACUCACCUAUGCCAGGCUGCGCAUCUGAACACACAUACAAGUUGCCUUGAUACUUACUUGUGAGAAGAAAAAGUGUCUCUGUGCCUGCAAAAUUAAAACUGAACUGCAUUUUUAAGAUUAAUACUCUUAACUGUCAAAGAACUAAUACAUCAGUGGGGACCUGAUCUGUGAAAUUUCUCAUUGAUUGCAACAGACAGCAUUAACUCUUUUUCCUCUAUGGUAGAAUAUCUGUCUGCCCACAGUGCUCAAACUUCUCAUCCCAGCACUGGGGAUCAACAGUGGUGAUCUUCAACCUUUCAGCCUCAGCCAGUCAGACCAGCAAGAUAUUUGGGAAAAGCUGACAAUGCAGAAAUCAGAUAAAUUGACUGGAAAACUGAAUGAACAGCUCUGUGAACUAAGUUACAGGAAAUUCAGUGACAGCCAUUAAAAUACAAAUGGACAAAUGGAAUAGAUAUCAGUUUAAAUAUACACCAACAGUCAGUGUAUAUCAGACCUGCAGUCACAGAACAACUAUUAAAUGCAUCUGCAAAAGAGAACUAAUAAACUUGUAACCAAGUUUAAAUUCUUUGUAGUAUCUGCCCUUCUGUUUUUAACAUGUAAACGCCUACUCUUCAUGAGGUCUAGAGAUUUCUUUGAAAAAACAGGCACGUAAGACUAGACAAUGAAAUACUGUGCCUUACUUGCCAUUGUAGAUCUAGUCUUUUACCUGAAUUUAAUUCAUUCCAGCUCCAUUUACGUACCACAGAUGAGUGCCAGAGACAGCUGAACAAUACCACAACAAAUGCUUAAUAAAAACAAGACCUUACUGAGACAGCA